AUGCUACGGCAUGAAUUGACUGAGAUUGAACAACCUGUGUCAUUGCUACCUAGGGAUAAAACAGCUUGCUUGUGGAUCUCUGAUGUUAUCAUUCUACAAUGUAUUUUGGUCUUCGCUGGAGCAGCCAGCAUCAUAUACUGCGUGUGGUCUCCAGAACACUCCAAAUACGACUACGACAAACUAGCCCGAAUCAUGUAUCUCUACGACGCUCAAGCCUGUGGCUGCAACAUCCGAGGCUCAAAGUCCAUAACAACGUUACAAUUUAGCAAUGAGACGUAUGGUCUGAAUAUUCGACCUAUAAAGUACAUGCCAGCGAUUGUUACUGUGUCUACUAGGCUCUCAGCGAAAACAAGGAAGUUCAUCAAGUACUCCAUACUAAUUCACAGCUACUGGAUGAUAAUUGCCAUUGCGUUACGGAUCUUCAGAUUCGCGACCAAGCUACGCGUCUUGAAGUUCAUUCUCUCCCUCAGUUACUACAGUUGCAUAUUCGUCAUCUUAUUCGACGUAUCCAUGGCCAUUUUAUACAUAUCACAUAUACAGCAGAGCUUGACCACUGGCAUGAUCUUGCGCUAUAGCGGCUGGAGUGUUGAUAUGAAACUGGCCCACUACAAUAGCUUCGGGGGUUGGCUUCCUAUGAUCGCUUCGAUAUGCUGGUUAAGGGGCAUCAUCAUUUUCGGCUUGAACGUCUAUAUAUGCAGGGUCAUAAAACUUAUGAAGAGAAGGAUCUGGAAACGGGAGGUUAAGAAGAAGUUAAUGUUGGAAGAAAAUAGACCAAUACCUGAGCCAAAGUAUCAAGAACCAAUGGAUAGGAGUGUGCUGUAUUAUAGAACAGGGGAAUAUCAACCGACAGUGAAGAAAACGCAUUUCCCUGUAUUUUUCUAA